CAGAAUGCACCGAUAAAUCCGCCAUUUUGCAUUAUAAUUUGGAGGAGGAAGCGAACUCGUAUUACAAGAAAUGUCGGAGACAUACGACUUCCUCUUCAAAUUCCUUAUCAUUGGCAGUGCAGGAGCAGGAAAAUCUUGUAUCCUUCACCAGUUUAUUGAGAAUAAAUUCAAACAGGAUUCCAACCACACAAUAGGUGUUGAGUUUGGAAGUAAAGUGGUCAAUGUUGGUGGCAAGUCAGUCAAAUUACAGAUCUGGGACACUGCUGGACAGGAAAGAUUCAGGUCAGUGACAAGGAGCUACUACAGAGGUGCAGCAGGUGCUUUAUUGGUGUAUGAUAUCACAAGCAUUUGGCUGAAGUUUAUUAGGCUGAAGUACCGCGAUGCCAGAACAUUAGCGAGUCCCAACAUAGUUAUCAUCUUAGUAGGCAACAAGAAGGACUUGGAGGCAGAGAGAGAAGUCACAUUCCUAGAGGCUAGCAGAUUUGCACAAGAGAAUGAGCUAAUGUUCCUGGAAACCAGUGCAUUAACAGGGGAGAACGUGGAGGAGACUUUUCUCAAGUGUGCCAGAUCCAUUCUUACAAAAAUAGAGUCAGGAGAGCUGGAUCCAGAAAGGAUGGGUUCUGGGAUACAAUAUGGUGACGCCUCAUUACGGCGCUUGAAUCGACAGCAACAGUCGGGCAAGAAACCAGAUUGUGCCUGCUAAAACACCGGACUGAAAUUAGAACAACUGGAGAAUUUAUUUAUUUUGGAGACGUCUUGUACCUGUUUUACUUACUACUAGUACUUCAUUCAAGAAUGAUGAAAAAACUGCAGAGCAGGUUAGGAAGUGAGAACAGGGACAGGGUGGUCACUGGACUGUCCCAUGAAAAGUUCUGGUCAUAAGAUUUCUUGAGAAUUUCAGAAAUAAAUUUCUGCUUCUCUGCAGAUCUUUGUGAGGACAGGCAGUAUGUAAACUGUCAGUGGAACAGAACUUUAAAUAUCAAGAUAAACUUUUCCAUUCUUUUUAAACUACCGAGUUUAGGAUAAUUUGGCCUUUUCUGGACUGAUAUAACCAAAAUUGGUGCUCUUUUGCAUCAGUGUAUGAAGUCUUUAUAAAAAAGCAGGCAGGGUUUAAGAAAAUCAUUCUUAUAAACUAGUGACUUGAUGAUUACUACUCAAGAACAAAUAAACAUUUCAUGAUAAAUAUUACGAAUAGUGGGACAUGAGGAUCCCAUAUAAUGUUAGCAUUCAGAAGAGAAUUUGUGUAUUAUAUAUAAUUGAAUGGUCAUGUAACUUGAGAUUACUUGAAGGUUGUUGCUAGUCUAAAUAAAGUUUGAGCAUUGUUUUUUAGGGCACUUGAUGUAAUUAUUUUGUUAUAUAGCAGCCUUUGUUCUACCAACUGCCAUUUUGAGUAGGAAUGUGUAAAAUUAUUUCAAGGAAUAUCUGCACAUUGUCUUACAUACAGUCUUAUUGUGUUCAAAUAUGUGGCACUUGUUAUAAUUGUCUGAACUUGUAAGAAAAUUAAAAGGGUAAUUUUCAAAGCGCACCAAGUCGGUGCACACCCCCCCCCCC